GGUAGGUACGAACCGGGUGGAGAAAAAGAGAGAGGUUUGUUUGGGUGACAAAAAAACCGGAAGAAAAAGAAAAACACAGUCACACAACAGUCAUGCUGAAAGUCCCUCCUCAUCUUUUCACUAUAAAUAGGGGCUCUUCUCCUUCACAUUUUCUCCACAGUCAUCACUUUUAAUCUCUUCGUUCUUCAACAACUCUUCAAAAAAAUAAUUAAUUUUUUUUUUACCUCGGAGAAAAAAAAAAAAAGGAGAAAGUUUAUCAUUUGUAUGGCAGCUAAUUUGCAGAGCCGCGCACUGGCGAGUUUCGGAAAGCGAUUUGUUGGCCAGAUCCGUUCUCGUUACUCCGUCGCCGGCGCCGGCGCUCCUUUCCUCUCUCUCAGGGGUGUGCACGUAUCGGUUUACGACAAGAACGUUGAGGAGCAUGUCCACGCGGGUGUGGUCCCCGAUGAUUUAAUCAGACCACAAUCGGAGAAAUACUGGUCACCUCACCCUCAGACGGGAGUGUUUGGCCCUGCAGCUGACCACAAGCUAACCACGGUUAGUGGUGACCACUGUGGUCUACAUAUGAGUGCUGGUUCGGAUUCGGUUUUGGAGCAAAAGGCUUUCUUCCGCCCUCUAGAGGACCUUGACAAGCCGGUUCAACAUUGAUUUCUAGAAAGAAAGUACCGUAUUAUUACGCCCUAACUAUAUAUAUACAUAUCUCAAAAUAAAUAAAAUCUUGGUGUGUACUCUUGAAUAGGCUCUCUCUCUAUAUAUAUAUGUGUGUAUGUACAAACGAGAGUUAUAUUGUAUGCAUCCUUGUUAAUGUUAUAUGCUACUUGUGUAAGCUGCUUUGUACUUGAUGCUUUUAGCCUUUUUACUAUAUGAUGAUGAUUAUGUACUUAUGGUAUGAGAAAACUUGGUUGCUUUUAUU